AUGGAAGGCGUAAAUGCUGAAAUCAUGCAAUCUGGUUUGCAACGAUUGUGGGCCAAGCGUCAGGGUACGAUCUUAGGUCACAUGCAUGAAAUGCGGGAUGAGAUAUUGGACCAGGGUCAAUGUGCAUCAUCAUUUGAUAACCAGCCUACUGAUGGAGAAUUACUUGGGGAUAGAGUGAAACCCAGAGAUGAAGCUCGUUACUUGGAAAAAGAGCUUGCUGAUACCUCUGGUCCAGAAAAAAUUAGUGUUCAAUCUGCAUUCAGUAGCUUAAAAACUGCAAAUUCUAAUAAUUCUGAUUGGAGUAUUGAAGAAACUUCUGUGGUUAACUUGGAUGGAGCUGAGCUCAAUGAUUUUCCUGCCAAAUAUUCAGUUCAAUUAUUACGACCAUAUGAGUUUGCUGCUGUUGGUGUCUGGAUCCAUCCAAAUAUUGUUCCUGGAUUUAAAUACAAAGUCCGUCCAAUUGAAAAUAAAGAGCGUACAAGAUUCUUAUUUGAUAACAGAGCAUUGGAAUUAAUGAGCAUCGGCCGUGGUUAUUCUAGACGUUUAACAUUUGAAGCUAGUCCAGGAUUAUUGAAUGAUAACGAAAAUUAUUUUUGGACUGAUUCCAUGCCUUCUGGUUAUGCAUUUCAAGUACAUGUUGUAUCUGUUGGAGACAACUUCACAGUUUUUGAUGCAAACAAUGUUGCUGUGGCUACAAUAGAAGUUACUAAAAUCCCGAAUGCUCAGAAAGAAAUCAAUCAUGAAGUAAUAGAGAAUGGAGAGGUGAGGAAAAAUGUAGAAGUCAACAUGUUGUGCAAAGUAGAUUGGUUCUAUAAAGAAGAUUCAUCUGCAAUAACACCAGUCACUGGUAUUGCUGUGGCUUCCAAACUACCACGUGGAUCAGCAAAGCUUAUAAAGAUAUCAGAUGCCUCUAUUGGUUUUAUAACAUGUCGAGGUUACACCUUAAUACCUGGUGUAGAUGAUAAACAACGGCAAUUGGUGUUAAAUGGAUGUAGUAUUGGCGAUGCACCCACUAUGUACACAAUGACAGGCUUAGAACCAUACGAAUUGCCUGUGAUUGGUACUUAUGUUGACCCAAGAAUCAUGCCUGGUUUUCAUUAUAAAGUUCGCCAACAGGGCAUAAGAAUUAUUUGUUUGAAGGCAAUGCAUUACAAUUGGUCAACAUUGGAAUAG